GCCGCGAAAUCCGUGAAAUUUGGUCUUGGCCGUGAAAUUCGGCGUAUACCGUGAAAUGCCGCGACAUUUAUAUUUUUAUUAAAUAUACUGCUGUCGAGCAAUCCUGACCGCACCAACACUAAUGCAAAUCGUAAUUUUUAUAAAAUUUCUCUGGCACAUCCUUGCCCAGUCACGGCGUUUUGGCAGAAUUCUAGCAGAGCUGAAUAUUCUAUCGGAAUUGUAGCAGAAAUGUUCCUCCAUUGAAGCAGGAUUCUGACAGAACCAGCUCUGCUAGAUUAUUUCGUGACUGGGUAAUUGGCGAUUGUUACACUGAUAAUCAGCAUUAGACAUUUAGUCAAUUAACUUUUACACACUUGUAUGGGAUUUUCAGUUCAACUAUGAUUACACAAUAGUGUGUUACCAUACUUGAGCUGAUAAAUUCCAUACAAAUGUGUAAAAAUUAACUGAACAAUGUGUAAUGUUGAUUCUCAGUGUAACGAGCGCACCCAGAAUUUUGACAGCUGCUUACGGAAGUGGUGUUUUUUUCCAAGUUGCGCGUCGUGAGCCAUUUUAGCAGGUAACAAAAUGAAAACAGCAGUAAAAAUUACGUGUGUCGAGCGAGCUAAACAGUACCCAAAAGGAACACUACAUGCGGACGAAGGCCAAUUAUUUUGUACGUCUUGCAACGUAACAUUGGACCAUACCAGAAAGGCCACCAUCGACAAACACCUAAAAUCGCAAACCCACAUCGGAAAGGUCCAAAAGCAGCCAAAGGAUGUAACGCAUUCCGUGCAAAAACAAACAACGGUGGUGAGCGCAUUCCACAAAGCCACAGCAUCUCGUGAUGCGCGAAACGUUUCGCAAUUUGAACUCGUGGAAGCUUUCGCAUCUGCAAACAUUCCGCUGUACAAGCUUGAUCAUCCGAAGCUCCGAGACUACCUGUCAAGGAAUGUCAAAAACCUUGGAGUGCUUCCACAGUCCACGACCCUCCGAUCCCAAGUACUGCCUAAGGUUUUCGAUGUCGCACAGCAGGAACUGCGAGAACGUGUUGCAGCAGCUUCUUCGAUCGUGAUUGCCGCUGAUGAAGCCUCGGACCAGCAGGAUAGGUUUAUCUUGCACAUUGUUUUUAUCCUGCCCGUCACUUCCGGACAACAAGACAAGAUGGAGGCAGUCACUGCGGAUCUGGUUUUUCUGGAUAAGGUGAACGCUACAACCGUUUCGAGAGCUAUCAUUCAGACGUUGACCAAGUUUGACGUCGAUUUUGACAAGGUUGUCGUCGUGCUGACGGACAACGCAACUUACAUGACCAAGGCCGUGACCAGCUUGAAAGUGCUCCUGCCAAAUUGCAUUCACCUCACAUGCAACGCUCACAUUCUGAGUCUGGUGGGUGAAACAUUUCGUCGGAACUUCCCUGCUGUGGAUAGAAUGAUUGCUUGCUUUAAGUCUAUCUUUGUGCACUGCUCUUCGCGCAAGCUUCGAUACAGGGAAUUCAUUGGCCGAGAGUGCGGCUCUGAAGUGCCCUUGCCUCCAGUGCCAGUCGUGACUCGUUGGAACAGCUGGAUCAGAGCUGUCGUGCACCAUGCGAAAUACGUCGAGCAUUAUAAGAAGUUCAUUGAAGCCGAGCUACUUGUUUCCGCCCCAACCAGUGCUCUUCUAGAACUGAACGAUCUGUUUAAAACGGAUUCGGUUCGGGUCGAUGUCGUCUUUAUCAUGAUGAACUCGGCCAAAUUGAUGGACCUGCUGACCUGGUUCGAGAACCGUCAAGUAACAAUCCAUUUGGCUUACAACAAGGUGGUUGACCUGAUGGCCGAGUUCGGUUCCAAGGGAGAGAAGGAGAAAAACAAGAUCUACAAGAAGGCGUUUCAAGAUGCAGCUGCCAAGCUGAACCAAUACUACACCGAAACAUCAGCUAGAUUCACGCAACCAGGCCUCAGCUUCAUGAAAGCUGUCAGAGGAUUCGAUCCGGCUCAAGCAAAAAUCCUUUCUUUGGACGGGCUGAGCGACGGUAUUCCGGAAUGCGCUGAAAAGUUGCCGGAAAUUGAAGGAGAGCUAGCAGCGUACAAACAGUGCGCUCUCGAGAUCGAAGAUGGAGUCAAACCAGCUGCCUUCUGGUUCAGCCAGAAAGACCGUUUUCCUAAUCUGUCCCGAAUUGCUAUCCGGUAUUUAUCUGUCCCAGGAAAUUCGGUAGAUGCGGAGCGAAGCGUCAGUGCAUUCAACACGGUAGACACGGUAAACCGGCAGAGCUUUGAAGAAAACAAUUUGGCAUCACACGCUAUUCUUGUUACAAACUCGAAGAUCUAAGCGUAAGCAGCCAGAAAAAGCAAGCAAAUAAAAUGAAUUGUUAAAACUAAGAGUUGUUUGCCGUAUUUAGUUAUUUUAGUAUUGAAAAAAACACUUAAUUGCAUUUUCUUUCCUUAGUUUUGAAAAGCCGUGAAAUCGCCGCGAAAUUUGGAUGUUUUCUGAAAUGUAC